AUGCUAUCCACAGAUCAGUUGCAACAACAUCCUGUCUGGUUCUAUGAUUAUGAAAAUAAUGGUAAUCUCGACAGCCAUUAUGCUGAUCACAGACAAGGUCCUAUUGGCCAACCAUAUGCCCCAGUCACCUGUACAAAUUCAGCCAUCUUGAGUCCUUCAAAUGUCAACUCUGAACCAUAUGCAGCUGAGCCCAUACCAGACACUUCUCAAACUUCUGCAAGGGCAUUUUCCACAGUUUCUGGUCCAGCAAGAGUAGAACAAAGCAGGCAGUAUCUAAUCUCCAAUGCUGGCUCAGACAGCAUCUCUGCUAAUCCAAACAGAUUGUCCAGUGUAAAUGUUUCCAGGGAAAUUACAGCAAGGCCAUUCCCUUUACCCAGCAGCCUCAGCACAGCAGCAGAAGCAAUUCCUUCAGGAGGCAUAGCAGUUUCACAUCCCUCUUCUGGUUCUAGAGAAAUCAGGAACAUUCCAGAAAGGCCAUAUCAUAUUUUAACAGGAGCAGAGACUACGAUAGCCCCACCACCUCUGAUUUCUGAUAUGCCUUCAACAUCUGCAUUCCAUUACUCGUCAUCGAUUCCUUAUACAUUCACAGCACCUCCUCCGGCUCCUGCAGCUUCAGCAGUCACCUCGCCUCCUUUUACUCAAGUGGGGGACUUACCAUCUUUUGACUUAACUGCACAAAUGCCUUCUUAUCCAUGGUCGCUUUCAGGUGAUGUUUUCCCAUCUAACAUUUUACCGAUUACACAGACCAAAUCACGGCCGAAAGCAGCCAAGUUAAAAUGUGUUUCUGGAAGUGGGAAGAAAAGAGUUCGAUGUCCUGAAAUGUGGAAGAAGAAUUUAACAAAAAGCAAAAAGUUGAAAGGGGAAGAGCAUGUGAGCAGGACUGGUAAUCUGAUCCCGGCCAAAAGAGUAGAAGAAGUGGACUGUUCCAACUGCAGCUUUAAGUGUCAUGAAAGUUUCAGUGAAGAUCUAAGGCAGCAGCUGUUUGAUGUCUUUUACAACCUUGGCUCUAACGAGAGCCAGAAGCAGUUUGUGUGUCAGAAUGUACAAGAGUCGGCCACAAAAGUUAAUGGCUGCAACAAAAAAGAAGGAACAACAGAGAACAAAAGAAAAGUUUGCCGCAAAUAUUUUCUACCAGAUACAGAUAAUACUAGAAAGCAAGUUUGUUCCAAGUUUUUCUGUGCUACUCUGGCAGUUGGCAAAACAUUCAUUACUCACGCUUUGCGAAACAAGCAGUUUGGCUGUUAUGUGGGAAAGGAAAAAAGAGGAAAACCCCACAAUAAGAUUCCUGAUAUGCUGUUAGAACCAGCCAGGCAACAUAUUAAUGCAAUGCUAGCAGCGUCUUCAAGUGGUUCGAAGAAAAAUUCAAAGAAGAAAUGCUUAGAACGUGGUCUGAAUAUAACGAAAAUGCAUGAGAUGUUUAAACAUGAAUGUCUUGAAAAGGGGCUAAGUCCUAUCAGCUUAAGUAUGUAUAGAAGAAUCUUUCAUACUGAGUUUUAG